AUGUAUGCUGAAAUGGAAUGCAUUGGUCAUGAUGAACCAACCACAGAAGUGUCCUAUAAGGAGCCAGUGUAUAAAGUGAACCAGGUCCAUGUGUCAACACAGACUUUACCUGAAACUAUGGACGGCUGUGUUGGCACUGAAUCAUCUAGAUCUAUUCAGACAUAUUCUUUGGGUUGUCAGACAUCCUACAAUCUUGUGCAAAGACGACAUGUAUGUAUACAGAAUGAGAUAAAGGAAGCUGUGAAAUCUUGUGGGAUGCAGUUUUCUCUCCUUGCUGAUGAAGACAUCAAUGGAAAUGACCCUGAUUGGACCCCUAUGGCUGAGGAGGAGGGGGAGGAGUAUGAGACCAAUGGUAACACAAUAUUUGAUAUGGAAGAAACAGAGCCAGACAAAGCCAGAAAAUUUAGUAACGGAUCGACACAGCCAGAUCAAGAAGUACAUAUGAAUGGAUCAUCCAAGUAUCAACCAUUGAGGUAUACAAGAAGCUUGAAGCUGCUGGGAAAAAUAUGUCACCAGCCUAUUGGACGGUGGGCAAGAUCAAUCAGCAAUGACCUUUACUGGUGUGCUGGCAGCAGCAAUGGGAACGGAGAGCUUGUGAAGCAGAAGUGGAUCAGUAUUAUGAACCACAUAGCAGAUAUACAUGUAGGUCAUGGUGACCUAUUCCCAGAGUGUUUACAUGGUGACUUGGACAUAUCUUGGAUAAAGAAAGACAGCAAGCAGUACAAAGAGGUAGAACAGGUUGUCCUUGGUAGGCUCCUACUGGCUGAUAUUCAGAAGUUGUCCCCUGGUGAGCAGACUUCCAGUUUGGAAUCAUCCCACAACAUUGUUUGUGACUUUGCUCCAAAGUCUGUUCACCACUUCUAUGACCAGAUGAAAUCCAGAAUAUACUUGGCUGGACUGCAUUUUAGGGCCAUAGCACUUGGUAAAGAUGGCAAAGGACAAUACAGGAUAUCUUUCCCAAAAGGGCGAAGAGGGGACCCUGUACCCAAAGAAGUAAAGGUCAAACAGAAUUAUGACUAUGUCAUUGAACUCAUGGAGGGAGUGGUAUCGAGGAGAGAACUCUUCAUAAGUUACUCUAAAGCAGGACAAGCCAGGAAUGAAGAAAUGGAACUUCCCCCACCAUCCAUAGCAUCAAAGCAUCGCCAAGCCUUGCCAGACUUUGAUGCAAACCUGGUCAUAGAGAAGCACUGUCGAAGAUUCAACAGCAGUGUCUGCAUUCCUAACAUUUAGGAUAUUUAAAACCUAAAUAUGCCUGAAGGGAAUGCUUUCCUUAUAGCUGUUACAACACAUGAUGAUAUGUUUCUUCCCUAGCAGCUUCCAUGUCCAUCGAAUGAACCUGCGAUAUGGUAUUAUGUCGAUAUAGUCUGAAAGGAAACGAGGGAGAAAUAACUAUGACACUAUAUAUUGACAAUAAAGAUAACAUUGAAAAUUAAAUAUGUAGUACGCUAUAUGCAUGGGUGAUGCAAGUUAUACAUUGGAAGAUAUUUAGAAAGUGUUAUCCAUAUAUUUACAGAUAGUUUAUAGUAUUUUUCUAAACUUGUGCAGACGUUUAACAUUUUGUAGUCUUUACUGCUAUACAUGUGUACAUACUUGUGCAGUUUUUCUUCUUCAACUGGACCAUCGUCAUCAACGUAUUCAGAAAAAAACAUGUUUCAAAUACAUGGAUAUUUGUACAAUUAGCUGUGAAUCCCUCAUGUUGAGUUAUACAGGGAAGCCCUUCUAGCUUUUCUUCAAGAAGUAUAGCCAUGUCAGCACAACACUUUCUAUCCUCGUGUCAGAGUAGCCAUUACUGUGCAAUUUCUACAGGAGCACCUGAACAAGUGAUCAAUUUUCAUAGUAUAUAACAUUGAAAUUAUGUACAUUUAUGUAUAUCAGUUCUGUAUUAUAAGUGAUAAUCUGAGACAGCUCUCUGUACAUAACACCCAUUCAAAAUUUGUCUUGGGGUCUGUAGAUAACCCUAUUUAUUAUUGUCAGAGAUCUGUAAAUCUGUACAUAACAUCUGUUAUUUAUUAUUGUCAGAGAUCUGUAAAUCUGUACAUAACAUCUGUUAUUAAUUAUUGUCAGAGAUCUGUAGAUCUGUACAUAACAUCUGUUAUUUAUUAUUGUCAGAGAUUUCUGUAAAUCUGUACAUAACACCUGUUAUUUAUUAUUGUCAGAGAUCUGUAAAUCUGUACAUAACAUAUGUUAUUUAUUAUUGUCAGAGAUCUGUAAAUCUGUACAUAACAUCUGUUAUUAAUUAUUGUCAGAGAUAUGUAGAUCUGUACAUAACAUCUGUUAUUUAUUAUUGUCAGAGAUCUGUAAAUCUGUACAUAACACCUGUUACUUAUUAAUGUCAGAGAUCUGUAAAUCUGUACAUAACACCUGUUACUUAUUAUUGUCAGAGAUCUGUAAUUCUGUACAUAACACCUGUUAUUUAUUAUUGUCAGAUAUUUCUGUAAAUCUGUACAUAACACUU